GAUCUACAAAUGUCCCCUCUACACUCUUAUGAAAGUACCGUUCCCAUGCCACACUGGGUGACUUUUAAUUAAAAUGUGACUCUGCAACUAGAACGAUAAUUAACCUCACACAGAUAAUCUUCUUGAUACUAACAAACAGACAGAGUUUGGGUAAAAUUUUAAAUUCCUGACCAAUGAGAAACAUCCUAAUGAAUCCGGGCCUACACGAAAAUUGAUGGAAUAAUAAAAGGAGAAGAGGAGAAAGUGGGAAAAAAUGAAGAUGGAGGAUAAGAGAUGUUUUCCAUGUUUGCUUUCAUCUUUGAUUGAAGUGUUUCCCCGGAAUCUGAGCUGGUUUAGAAGAGCAGAGAUGCUGAACGUGCCCUCGCAGGCUUUCCCCGCAGUAAGCUCUCAGCAGCGGGUCUCUCCGGCCGGCCAGCCCCGGAACAAGGUGGCUCUGAAGCCGGGUCACAGUCUUAUGGACUGGAUCAGGGUCACCAAAAGUGGCCGAGAUCUGACUGGACUGAAGGGAAGACUAAUCGAUGUAACAGAAGAGGAACUGAAGAAACACAACACAAGAAAUGACUGCUGGACAUGUAUAAGGGGAAUGGUGUAUAAUGUGAGUGCAUACAUGGAUUUCCACCCUGGUGGGGAGGAGGAGCUGAUGAAGGCAGCUGGUAUUGAUGGCACUGACCUGUUUGAUCAAGUCCACCGCUGGGUCAACUAUGAGUCCAUGUUGAAAGAGUGCUUGGUGGGCAGAAUGGUGAUAAAGGCGAGCACAGCCAUAAAAGUGCAGCCAUCUAAACCUGUGAACACCUUUGUGGAUGGUUUUGCUCCUCCUACUACUUCGUUGUUAGGCUCAGCGGUUGCUACAACAAAAGACAACCGGCCUCGAUAUGACUGGUUCCAGACAGAGGACACUGUUAAUAUUGUUAUUUAUACAAAGCGCAAGAUUCCGAGAUCUGGCUGUUCAGUGGUGGACUGUCAGGGAAACGUUCUGCGGUUGGAGCUGCUUUUAGGACGCUGGUCGUACUUACUUCACUGGAGUCUUUCUCAUGAAGUAGAAGAAAAUGUUGUAGUUCAGACGGUAAGUUCAGUUGGGAAAGUUGAGGUGAAUUUGCGCAAAGUGCUCAAAGCCAAGUGGGCACAAGUUGGUCAACCCUUGGAAUCCCAUGAUUCAUUUAUCCAGAGUAAACAUCUAGGCCUCUUCUACAGAGACUGUGUAUUGGUUUCAAAGAAAGAAGUUACACACGACACGCAGCUCUUCUGUUUCCGCUUACCUCCUGGAGCACACAUGGACAUCCCUGUGGGGAGACAUGUCUACCUCAAAGCUUCCAUUCAGGGCAGUGAAGUUGUAAAGCCCUACACACCAGUAGACCAAGAGCUCAUGCCCCAGAUUCACUCCAACAACACACAGAGCUCUGAAAUCUAUCUGAUGAUUAAGGUGUAUCCUGAUGGAGUGCUCACACAGCAUUUGGACAGCCUCGACCCUGGAGCCACUGUGUCCAUGAGCGGUCCAGAGGGUCCCUUUACACUCAGGUGUCUGCAAGAUAUCACUCAUUUGUACCUCUUAGCUGCUGGAACUGGUUUCACACCCAUGGCUCGCCUCCUUUGCCUUGCCCUACAGGACGUCCCCUCUGUCAGGAGGACUAAGCUGAUGUUUUUCAAUCAUCAAGAGAGGGACAUUCUGUGGUACUCUCAGCUGGAACAACUGUGUGCAGAAGAAGAGAGAUUUCAGGUUGAGUACGUUCUCUCAGAGCCUGCAGGCUCAUGGACCGGUAAAAGAGGAAGAAUAGAUGCCACACUGCUGCAAGCAUUCCUGGAUAGACCAGGAGACUCCAAGUGCUUUGUGUGUGUGUGUGGGCCAACUGGUUUUACUGAGCUGACAGUGCAGUUGCUCAAGCAACAAGGAUUCAGUGAAAAGGAGAUUCAUGCUUUCAAGACUUGAGCCCUAUGAACUACAGUACUAGAGAUUUCUAUGCAUCACAGACUGCAAAAGUCCUUUAGUAACCCCCAGUGGUUGACUUGAGGUUGUCAUUCAGUAAAUACAAAUGCUCUUGUCUGACACGUAUGAUCAUCUGGAUAUCCUAUGCACUUGCCUGGGUCAUCUAUCAUUCGGUUAUGGGCCUUAUUUAAUUUCACAUGUAAACUGUAUGGAGGAUUUGCCAGGGUUGUGCAAUUGUGGGACAUAGCACUGCCGCGACGUUAAAAGUGUAUUUAUCAAAUUUAUUAUGUUUUGUUUAUUAGAAUGGAUAUUUUGUCUUUACAAGAUUUAGGUCAGCUAAAGCAUGCUGCCAGGGGAUGCUAACUGUUAAUGCAAAUGAGAACAUGAGCCACUUUCAAUUGAUAAUUUCAUCAGUAUAGAUUUAUUCCACAUGCACAGUGAAGUGAAACUAAAGAGCUCAUUUGGAAAACA